ACUAAAGUGCAACCGACUAUUCCGUCCGUCCUGUCAAGUCGGAGCUUGUCUAGCGACAAGAGCUGCUAAGAUAAUAAACAUGACUUUAGUCUGUUCUGAGUUUCUAGCCUGGGAUCUAGAAAAUGCGUGUGCGCCUACUAACGUAUUGAAAGAGGAGAAACAGCUCUGUGCGUCGCUAAGAAAAUUCUACAAUCUAAACAAAAGGAAGUCCUUUGGUGCCUUUGUAGCAUCCAAGCAGGAAGCAAGUCCAGAUCCGAGGAGGAGUCCAUCCUGGAGCUGCUGUAGUCGCACCUUUGCUGAGCAUGCUGCCAUUCACCAGCAUGUCGCCAGAAUGCAUGCUGGUGAAAUCCAACGGAUGGCAAUGGCCCAGUAUGAGCACACGCUUAACCAAAAAGAAGAGGAAAAAGACGAUGCCAAACUGCGUGAUGAAAGUUUGUCCGUGGACGUCACUGCGUGGAUGCCAGACGUUAGUCACAUCCCAAAGGAGCAGUUUGAGAAAGGUCCUGGCAAAGUUCUCCUUUACUAUCGUUACUGCCGCGUCGAGGAGCCACACGUUGUCUGCGCUUGGCAAAGAGCUUUAUGCCAGCGCCUCCAUUUAACUGGCAAGGUGAGGGUGGCCACAGAGGGCAUCAACGGAACAGUAGGGGGCACCCGGAUCGCCACUGAGCUCUACGUGGACGCAUUGUGCUCACAUCCUCUUUUCCACAUGGAAAAAGAGGAUUUUAAGACAAGCGAUGGCGGUCCUGAGUGUUUCACGGACCUGAAGGUGGGGGUCUUUAAGGAAAUUGUCCCGAUGGGAUUAGACCCUGACGUCAUCUCCUACCAUUUGGCAGGAAAUCAUCUGGAGCCUGAGGAGUUUCACAAAGAGGUGGAGGCCUUAAUGACUGAAGGGAAUGUGCAGAGUGACACUAUCCUACUGGACUGCCGCAACUUCUAUGAAAGUAAAAUUGGUCAGUUCUUGCACUGUCUGGCCCCUGACAUCCGCAAGUUUAGCUACUUCCCGGACUACGUGGACCAGAACCUGGAACUCUUUAGAGACAAAAAGGUGCUCAUGUACUGCACUGGAGGCAUCCGCUGUGAGCGAGGCUCCGCUUACCUCCGCUCUAAAAACGUGUGCAAAGAAGUUUAUCAGCUGAAAGGUGGAAUCCACAAAUACCUUGAACGCUUCCCAGACGGCUUUUACCGCGGGAAGCUCUUUGUUUUCGACGAACGCUACGCCAUUUCUUCCAACAAUGAUGUCAUCGCUGGUUGCAGGUACUGUGGACGACCAUGGGAUCGCUACCAGCUGUGCACCACGCCCUUCUGCUGCCAGCUGGUGCUUACCUGUGCCACUUGCCGCUCGGAAGGACACACUGCCUGCUGCCCCGGCUGCCUCAGCGGCGGCGCACGGCGCAAAGAGGAAUGCGAGUGCACCGACGGACGUCCCAGGAUCCCUCAAGAUGUGAAUAAUGAUGACAGCCCGCUUCAUUAGGUACAUUUGGUAGAAGAAUACAUUAGGCAGUUGGUUUUUGCUGCUCUUGCACAGCAAAUGAGGCAACCAAAAUAUUUGGAACAAGUCUUGGUGUGACACAGUACAUUUCAAACCACAAUAACAAACGCAUU